UUUAUCAUCACUGCCGGCAUUUUCUUUCUAAGUGAUAUGUGAGACAUCAGAAAUCAAUUAAUACUGGGCUGUGCCAGGCAGCAAACUGUUUAAGUACAUCGCUAACAAGCUUUUUCGCGUGUUUUUGUAAGGAGCCUGGAGGCUGAGUGUCCUACGUACAGUACCGAGCCUCUCCAAUCACGUGGUCGCUAGUGAAUCUCAGAUGCCUGGCAUGUCUCUAUCGACAAACUCAAGUCAGCGUGGCUAUAGAUGGGCCACAUUUCAGUGAUCGUUCUGGGCAACUCCAAAUAAACAUUUUUUUGGACGGAACUGUGAAUCAGUUUGCAGCCAACGGUAUGGAAUUACAGAAGACAGGAGGUGUUGAUUCAAGAUGAUGUCUAUGGCGUGAACGUAAUCUUGUUAGGAUCGACGUGCGUGUCUUUCUUAAAAGGGGGGUUCAAUUUUAAUCUGUGAAAGGCGGAAAAAAGCUGAAGCCGAAAUGGAGUAAAUACCUUUCUUAAAAUACAGCCACCAGAGACCCCGCUGUUAUGGCAGGCAAAGUCUAGGUCAAAAUGCAUCAUUUCUCCCGAGUGCUUUUUAAUUUCAUCUGUAACAUACGAGGAGUAUUGGGCUCAACGGAUUGUUACAGAAGCAUCACACUGAGACUUACAAGUGAUUACUUUGCAACAAUGACUGCUUCACGAAACCUCUGUUAAUGGAAUACACGAAUCUACUCAAUCGACUGGAUUGCUUCAGUAGUGGGUUUUAUCCCUGCUAACACGCUGCCUAAAAACGCGAUUGAAGGAAGAUAAAAAACAUUGAGGAAUGUGGGGCUUUCAGAAAAGGCGACUGUUUGGUGUUUUUUCUGCGCCAGUAAUAGUUGCAGUGAUGUGUUACGCACAGAGCGCCAACGAACCGGGAAACAUGUCUUUUGUAAAAGAGACUGUGGACAAACUAUUAAAAGGAUACGACAUUCGACUACGACCGGAUUUCGGAGGAGCUCCAGUAGCUGUUGGCAUGAGCAUAGACGUUGCCAGUAUAGACAUGGUUUCCGAAGUAAACAUGGACUACACAUUAACCAUGUACUUUCAACAAUACUGGAGAGAUAAGAGGCUGGCUUAUUCAGGAAUCCCACUCAAUCUAACUCUUGAUAAUAGAGUAGCCGAUCAACUUUGGGUUCCAGAUACCUACUUUUUAAAUGAUAAGAAGUCCUUUGUGCAUGGUGUCACAGUUAAAAAUCGAAUGAUACGUUUGCAUCCUGAUGGAACAGUGCUGUAUGGAUUAAGAAUAACAACAACUGCUGCCUGCAUGAUGGAUCUACGAAGGUACCCUUUGGAUGAACAGAACUGCACGCUGGAAAUAGAAAGCUAUGGAUAUACAACAGAUGAUAUUGAGUUCUACUGGAGAGGUGGUGACCAUGCUGUAACAGGUGUGGAGAGAAUUGAAUUACCCCAGUUUUCCAUUGUAGAACACAAGCUGGUUUCGAGGAAUGUUGUCUUUGCCACAGGUGCCUACCCACGACUCUCUUUGAGCUUUAAGUUAAAGAGAAACAUUGGAUACUUCAUCCUUCAGACUUACAUGCCCUCAAUUCUAAUUACUAUUCUGUCUUGGGUAUCGUUUUGGAUCAAUUAUGAUGCCUCAGCUGCAAGAGUUGCAUUGGGAAUAACAACGGUUCUGACAAUGACAACAAUCAACACUCAUCUUCGAGAAACAUUACCGAAAAUUCCCUAUGUCAAAGCCAUAGACAUGUACCUGAUGGGCUGUUUUGUCUUUGUCUUUUUGGCCUUAUUGGAGUAUGCUUUUGUCAAUUAUAUCUUUUUUGGAAGAGGCCCACAGAUGCAGAAGAAGCUUGCAGAAAAGGCAGAGAAAGCCAACAAUGAUAGAUCAAAAUAUGAAGGCAACAGGUCUGUUCUGGAAGGAGGCAAUUGCAAGUCAUCUUCAGUAAAAAAGUCCAAUCAGGUACAAGGGCAUCGACACUCAUGCGCGGUGGAUGCACAUGGCAACAUCUUAUUAACUACACUGGAGAUUCACAAUGAAGUUGCAGGAAAUGAGGUCACCACUAGUGUGACUGAACCAAGGAAUUCUUCAAUGGCUUUUGAUAACUCAGGAAUCCAGUAUCGGAAACAAAGUGUGCCCCGCGAUGUAGUGGGACGACCCAGUAUAGACAGAAAUGCUCAACUGAAGAAGAGCAGACUGAGAAGAAGGUCUUCGCAGCUUAAAAUAAAAAUCCCAGAUCUGACUGAUGUCAAUGCUAUUGAUAGGUGGUCAAGAAUAGUGUUCCCAGUUGCAUUUUCACUUUUCAACUUAAUCUACUGGCUUUACUAUGUGAACUAGGUACAGAUUGAAUGUCUUUUGCAAAGACUUAUUCCACUUUAGAGGAAAAAAAAAAUGCAGAUCUUUUGGUGAAGUUUAUUUUUAUUUUAUACUAUUUCAAUCAUUGUAAAUGCAAAAUUUCACAAAGAACACAACAAAAGCAAAAGUGUAAGAUUAAAAAACAGGUGCCCUCAACAUAUUUACAGAUCUUGAGACUGCAUGCUGGAUUUACAUUAAAAUGCACUCAUCUUUAUUAUUAAACUGAGUAAACUGUGGUUUAAACCUAAUAACCCUCUAAAAAUAACACGUGAAAGUUAAAAAUAUUUAAAUAUAGCCUAGAAGAAAUACAUAAAAGUAACAGAACAUAGCAUAUCAAUGUACAGAGUUACAAAUUUUGAAUAAAAUAAAAACUCGCAUAAAACAACAUUAUCCCUUGCGUAUUCCAUAUUUAGCUAACUGUAUUAACUUGCAUAUUUAUACACAUGAAAGUGGGAAGUUGUUUACGGAUGUGGUUAACAAAAAAAUAAAAGUAGAUUAAGGAUUUGAAAGUUAUGUCAUGUAUUAUAUAUGACUGUACUUCUUCAGAAAGAUCAUAUGCCAUUUUUACAGUAUUAUUUGUUUUAAACGGUGUCUCCUCCUUUUGUUUUUUCAUAUUUCACAUAAUACAUAUCACCACUACUUAAGUAACAGUGUAAUAACCUUUGAACCCAGCUUAUCACCAACCGUAUAGAGUGGGUAAACUCUCCUCAGUGCACAGUAUAUUUGUUGUAUCAAAGGGUUUUUUUAUUGAUUUUUGUAAUGUGUGUUUGAUAUAUAUA